UAGGUCGAUUAACUUUGUUUUGUGUAGCAAAUUAAAUAAAGUUAAAAAUUUUUCCCCUCCCCAAUGCGUCCGUUCGCUAAAGACAGCCAACCAGUGGUAAUCAAAGGAAGACGCAAGUCGAAACUGGCGGCAAAAUCUAAAUCUACGGCUGCACUGCUGGUCAAACGCAAAAAAACGAACAAUGCGCGCCGCAAGCAGAACGAUGGGGCCGAUGAUUUAGCCAAGGAGUCUUGUCAGUUUGUCCCUGUGCGUCGUAAGCCUCUGGGUGAAUAUAUGAAACUGGAGGUAUCCACAAGCAAGAACAACUCGUCAUCGCCCUCACCUUCGCUUCAAGGUAUGCGCAUGAGCUAUGCGGCCGCAAUAGCCACAUACCCCACAGCUGGCGCUGCUGGCGUAAAGGUAAUGAUCUCGCCGCGCCUCAAGAGGGCGAACAAGGCGCCAACAAUCAAGGUUGAUGGAUCAGGGUCAGGCUCAGGUUCAGCGACUAGUAAGACAGGGAGUAAGAUAACCGCUGACCGAAAGUUUCGUAUAUUCGAUGAAACGCCUAAGCCGCAUAUUGUACGUGUCGAUGCGAAGGCUGAACGGACUGAGCGGGCUGAAGCUGCUGCUAAUCGGACGGGGCGAGUCAAGAGCUCCAAGGCAACUGUUGACGCUGAGGCUAAUGCACUUGGGGUGAAAUUCAAAAGACUAGCUUACAACUCGGCUGCAAGGAAUUUGAAUUCAAGUCAGCUUCAACCAGGCAAAAAUCGUUUGCACCUGCAUUGGUAACGUCAAAGCCAACCUUAGCGUCAACGCCCACCUUCUCGGACUCUGUCAGUUAUUUGAGUUAUCAUCGAGCGAGAUUGCAGCACAUUAUUAAGCG